CAUUAAUUACCGGAUACCGGUUAAUUCAUUUCCGGUUACGGUUUUUAAAGUUCCAAAACUACACUGUCUGUCAAAUUUGGAUAGCACAGAAAUUUUCGUCCUUCAUUUACAGCCCCAUUCGUAACAGUCAACGACCAUGGCUGACUCCCAGGCCGACAAUAACACUUGCGUAGUGUGUUUCAAGAAUGUCUUGUACUACUCGAUUGGCGAGUGCGACCACCCCGUAUGUUUCGAGUGUUCCACUCGGAUGCGAGUGCUGUGUUUGCAGAACGAAUGUCCCAUCUGUCGGCAAGACCUGGCGAGGGUUGUGUUUACGGACUCCGUCCUGCCUUACAAAGAAUUGCGCAAUCGUGUUUUUACGGACCGGUUGUUUGAAAGGCAGUUUAAGAUAGCAUUCUGCAGUCAGGAGAUAAAGAAUGCUUAUGAGGAACUGUUGGAGAACCGUUGUCGGCUCUGCAGCAAGCUGGCGCCGUUCCGGACUUUCACUAUGCUCAGUGACCACAUGCGGAAGGUCCAUGAGAGAUAUUUCUGUGAUCUUUGUGUUAAGCACUUAAAGAUAUUUACAAAUGAGCGGAAAUGCUACACGCGGCAGGAACUCGCUCACCACCGACGAAAAGGAGACCUAGAUGACACCUCUCACAGAGGCCACCCUCUCUGCGAGUUCUGCGAGGAGCGCUUCAUGGACGCAGACGAGCUGUACCGGCACCUCCGCAAGGAGCACUUAUUCUGCCAUCUGUGCGACGCCGACGGCAAGAACCUGUACUACGCGUCUCACGUGGCGCUGGCCCAUCAUUUUCGGACGGACCAUUAUCUGUGCGAGGAGGGCGAGUGUGCUGGACAGCAUCUUACGGCUGUGUUUCGGAGCGAGAUUGAUCUUAAAGCUCACAAGGCGACGGUGCACGGGCGCAACAUGCCGCGCGGCGCGGCGCGACAAGCGCGGACAUUGGAACUGCAGUUCAACAUCACGCCGCACCCGCAGGCCCAACGGGCUCCUAGGGACCGAGAGCGCGAAAUGGAGCGUUCUAUCAGCCCUCCACCUCCCGUGCAGCACGCGCCGCGCAUCGACACCCGCAGCGACGAGCAGUUCCCGCGCUUGUCGGCGGCGCCGCAGACGCCUAACAUCGUGCUCGGCGCCGGACAUAAGGCCUACAAAGGAGGCGCCGGGCUGGCGCGCAACGACCGCAACUUCCCGGCGCUGGGCGCCGACAGCGGGCCGGCGCCGGCGCCGGCGCCCGCGCCCGCGUCCGCGCCCGCGCCGCCGGUCGCCGCCACCAUCCUGCGCAGCUCAAAACCCAGCAUGUCAAUCCAGCUGCACAGCCAGCCGACCUCCGCGAGCAACUUCCGACUGACGCAGGCCUCCGGGCACCGCGCGGCCGUCCCGGCGCGGCGGCCGCUGUUGGACGAUGACUUCCCCACGCUGCCGCCCGGCGCGCGCGACGACCACCCCGGCCUGGGCGCCGCCUGCCUGCAGCCGCCCAAGGUCGCCAUGAUCAACAGCCAAGAGAUGGAAGCUCUAAAGAAAAACACGUCUAACUCUCAACCAAAGAAGGCUCCGCUCAGCAGCGAGGCCUUCCCCGCGCUGUCGGGCGGAGGCGCGCCGUCCGCGCCGCCGCAGUGGAUCACCAUCUCCAAGCAGAAGGAGAAGCCCAAGCCCCGGGCCGACCCGCCGCCGCCCAGGGAGCCCGCCUUCAACCCUGUCGCGGACUUCCCCGGCCUCCCCGUCAACACCAAACAGAAGGCUAAGAAAACGCAGCAGCCGACGCAGCCGCAGGCCAAGCCGCAACCCCAACCCCAGCCUAAGCCGCAACCUUUCCAAACUCCUCCCACAAACUCUGACGCCAAACUCACAAAGAAGGAGAAAAAGAAGCAGAACAGCGCGAGGAAAGAGAACGUCUAUGAUAUAGAUUUGUCUCUCGUCAACGGCAUAGAGGAUCUGAAAUAUAUGGAUCCGACCACGCUGGCGGCCUCCGCGAACACGCCCGCUCAACACCGGAACAUCAAAACCAUUGACACGGUCACCGUCAACGAGAAAGAACGCAACGGGGGGAACGGAGACUUCUCCUUAGCGGCCAAAGAGUUCCCGUCGCUCUCAAAAUCUAAUAACGUAGUGCCCGUUAAUAACUUCGCGUUGCCCAUGAAAACUGUCCUGCAGCAGACUAAGAAGAAGGUGCCGAACGGCGUCCCGCCCGGCUUCAAAACUAGGCCGGCGUGCGACGGGAUGACGUUCACGAACUCCUCGGGGCAGACGUUCAACGCGCCCGUGCACUCGUACAUCCCGCCGCUGAACUUCGAGAGCAGGAACCGCGCGCUCGUGAACAAGUUCGCGGCCGCGCUCGGCAGCGCGCAGGCGAUGGAGGACUUCAAGGUGGCCUCGCGCGCCUUCCGGGACAGCCUCAUCGGGGCCGACGAGUUCUACGCGCACUGCUCGGCCGCGCUGGGGCCGCAGACGGAGGCGCUGUUCGCGGAGCUGGUGGCGCUGCUGCCGGACAUCGCCAAGCAGCAGGAGCUGGUGGUGGGGCGGCGCGUGGCGCUGGACACGUGCGUGGCGUGCGGCCAGCUGCUGGCCGCCGCCGACCGCGCCGCGCACGACGCCACGCACUGGCCGCCGCUCGGCCGCUAGCCGCCGCCGCGCCUCGCCGACACCACGAACACUUUGGAUCCGUUCUAAUCCCCCGAGGGCUUUCAUCGUGACUCUAGGUAUCGUUUGGAGAACUCUCUUGGUACGCUUCCAUAGCGGCUGAGACGUCUCCUGAGAUUGAACUAGAGCGAGAUCUCGGCUAAGCGGUCGGUUUAUAAUACCUGUACCUUGGUGUCAUAAAAUUUUUAUCACAUUGUUUAUAAAAAUGUAUCCUAUACUUUGAAAGCUAAUUCAUAAUUUAGCGAAUGCGCUAAUGUCUGUAGCAGACCUUUUUAUAAUUUUGAGCUGUGUGGUGUCGAGACGAAUGAUAAUAAGAUAUAAUAUAUUUUCACUGAGUGUGACUCUUGUAUAAUAGCUAGCUACCGAAACUGUAGUGAUACUGUUAAGGUAAACGUAUAAUAAAUGUGAUAUCUUCGACAUAAAUACUGUAGUUGUACUUGCGGGUCUUGUUGCUGUUUAAUACGCGAGCUUAUGUACAUAGUGUAAGACGAUAUUUCCAGGCGUAAAUCAAAUUCACUCGAUAAAGACCGUAUUAAUACGUGGUACUUCCUAUAUUGUUUACAGAAAAAUCUUUGUUACAGUAAUUAUCUAAAAAUUCGAAAUUAAUCAAGAUAACACGAGGCGUUAAGAAAAAUCUCAAUAAUUGCAUACCGAGGCCAUUUUGUAUGCUGUUUAUUUAAUGGGUACUCGUACAUAAACAAGAUAUAUAGCUAUAUCAAUCUCAGAUAUUACGUCGCAAAAUGGACGUAAUAUCUGAGAUUGAUGUUCGUGAAAUAUUUCAGUUUGCUCCGUCAAAUUAAAAACUACAAUUUUGUUUGUUGUAGGACCGUUGGUCUAAAUUUAGCUCAAUCUGUUUUUAUACUGCAUGUAAAUUCUAAUUUAGGGUGCUCUAAUACUAAGUUUUAAAUAUUUGUCAAAUUCUUUAUGGUCUCAAAUAGAUGUUUCUUUGUACAGAUAUAAGGCCUGAUUUACACAUUUAUUAGUGUUGUUUGCGAGCAGUAAGUGUAUGAACUCGCACUUGACACUAAUCCACGUGUAAAUCGGGCCUAGUAUUAAUUAUGCAAAUAAAGUUGGUAUACCUUUAUAAAUUACAUGUAGUUUGUGAUUUACUGAUAGUUUUUUUUGUUUUGAUUUUAUACCUUAUCAGAAAAUCUAUAUUACUAGAAUCAAAGAGAAUUUGAAAUAGAGGUGGAUUGUCAAAGAAAACUUUGUAGCCACAGUAAAUUUACUGCCAUCUUCAGAGCGAUGGUGCCAUAACCUUUGGCCUAUGCUCUAUUAGAUAUUCACUUUUUGAUAUUUAACAAAUUGAACACAUAUCAGUGAAAUAAUAAGGAUCAAAGCCAAAUCUUUUCUCUCUUCUCAGCACAUUCGCGUCCACUGCUGAACCUCACUGCUCACUGCUGCCUCUUUCAUAGAUUUUCAUGUUGAUCUGUAUGCGGUGGUUCUAUGCCAGCUCGGCGCUGUCGUCUUUCUCAGUCAAGUCAAAUGACGUUCUAAAAGUUUUAAUCAUGUGUCGAAAGAUGGCAGUAAAUUUACUGUGGCCACAAAGUUUACUUUGACAAUCCACCUCUAUUUCAAAUGUAUUUUUGCUAGAAUCAUACUAGGAUGCGUGGUUGCUUCAGGUAUUCUGUUUAAGGUACAAAAUCACAAACUAGAAUUAAUUUAUCAGUAGCUCUUUAGUGUUCAGGCUCUAAGCAUCUGUGGCUCAAAAUUUAUAAUCGAUAAUUGGCACACGUAUUUCACCAUUAUUCUGCGGUACAUAAUAACAUUAAUAAAUUAGUAUUAUGGUGUAUAAUAUACACUAUUAAUUGAUUACAUAUAAUCAAUUUCCAUGAAUAUGAUUAUUGUAAUUGAUCAUCCUGUUAUAUAUGUUUUAAUGUGUAAAGCAAAUACACAUUCAAUACAGUGGUUUCUACAAAUUAUUUUGCGGGUCUACUUGACAUCGAGAUAAUGUAACAUUAAUCAUCUUAACCACGUGCAGGUAUUGAUAGCUCAAUUAAAAUUUUGUUAGAAUUCAAUACUUGACGUUCCGAUGUACGUUCCGGUAUACGAGAGGUCAAUCUAUACAAUUUUGAAACUUAACUUUUGUGAAAUAAGAGUCAAAAUUGUAUACUCAUUCCUAGACUUCGUAGAAUAACCGUGAAAUACAUAUUUACCAUGAGCAAUGUCGACACUUUUAGUGUUGCAGUCUUGCUAGUUCGAAAGAGUACACGUGUGCUAUUAAAAUUAUGUGUGAAAUUCUACCUUUUUUUACUGACAUUAAAUUUGAAUUGCACUUACGCUAUAAUAUUCAACAGAGUCGGGUGUUUGUGUUAGAAUAACUAAUUCAAAUUUGUACAGCGUUCAAGUCAUAUUUGCCUAGCACAUAUAUUUUAUAAACCCACCGUAUAUUAGGCAAUUCGAUUCCUUUCGAACCCCCGAAUCACUGGGCUUGACCAUAUUUGUGCCGUUUUCAACCAAAAGGUACUUAUUGUCGGUUGUCAAAAGGCACUAUUUCCAUAUAGCUUCAAUUUGAAAUCAACCUUGUCGACAACCCGAAUGUGGCACCUUUUGGUUGAAAACGUUACAUUUCUGCACAUGCUAACUUGCUUCUCUUAUUUGAGUUAAUUACUUACCGGCCUAGUUUUAACUAUUGGUGUCUGGUGCCUAGUCUAAAAAAUGGCGUAUUACCAAUUUUUCCCGUCGGGCACAUAGGAAUAUGUGCAUUCAUAUGAUUCAUUCCCAUCUGUCCCCGCCUUAUGUAUGGCAGCAGUCACGGAUGCCGGGGAAGAAUAGGUAAACACUAAAAAACACUUGUCUAAAAUGUCCCUGUUAUUUUGACGACGCCUAAUGUGCGAUGGGCUUAAUGCUGUUAAACAUUAGUAAACGUUUUUAUUGGGUGUGCUAAAUCGAUAUGUGUCCGCUUAAGCCUGCCAGUUCAGUAAAAAUGCUUAUUUAUGCAUCUUUUUUACUUGAUUAUAAAGACAGAAUUCAUCUUAAUACUUUUUCUUUGCAAGAUAACAUCUCUCAUUUUAACCAUCUAAAAUAUAGUACAGUAUAAAAAUUAUAGCACCGCAGCGGACUAACAAUGUGAAAUUAUUUUAAAAACCAAAUUUAUUAUAUUUUUAUACUGCUUGAGUAAAACAUACUGAACUACGUGUAAAAUAUUUUUGUUAAAUAAUUUUAUUGGUUUUAUUAAGCUUUCAAAUUGUACUAAUGUACGGACAAUAUAAAAUGUAUAAGUAAUGAGUAAAGACGGAACUGAGAUUAAAAUAAAGAAGCAUUGGUCUCUACAAA